GUACAAGAGAGAUGGGGUCGACUUCACGCUUUCGGGUCUCCUGGAGCUGGUAUCUCAUACUUCUAUGAUGAGUGGAAACUAGGCAGAACCGGGAGGCCGAUUGUUGAUAUAAGGAAACCUUCUAGAGUGGUGUUUGAGGACCCCCCUCCACCACCCCAGGAUCACCACAUUGAGCUAAAUGCAGAGAACCCAAACUUUUCUGGAGAUGCCGACUACCAUGUUGAUGGGCUCCGAAAUAAACACGUAGUCGCCGCAGCGCAAUACUACUACGAUAUUAAGAAUAUCACCGACACGCGCAUCGACUUCCAGCAAGAGGUCGAUUUGGACGCGUUCGAGAUCACCCUAAAGCCCUAUGUAAUGUAAAACAUCUUUGGUCUGUCCCGGACGGACGAAGACCCAGCGACUUACCGUGACGCCCCUCCGAUGCUACAGACUCUGGGAUCAGUAACUGUCACCCAUCAGGAAUACUUCCUAACCUAGCCUAAUACCUUGCGAUACCGGACACUGCCCUUCUCACUUUAAGACCCUAAUCUCCCGGGUUACCAGCAGCUUAUCACCAUCUGGCUAAUCGACCCGUACUACCGCAUUUGCUCCUCCCGCAACGUGCUACCACAACAGCAUACCUAGUAGAGAGAAAACGCAGUGUUCAACCAAUUCGGCGCCUAGUU